AUGCCCCCUUUAGGCGGUGGCGGCUUCUUCCCCAUCAUCCCCGGCAUGACCAUCUACCGGCCCAUCCGACCACCCACGGCGCGUCCACCACGAAGACCGACCCUUUCCAAUUCAGCAAGAGACAUCCCCCUGCCAGAGACAUGGCCUUAUCCGCCAUCUUCACACCAGAGACCGCUCAAUUUCCCGGCCCCAUCCCCGGGAAGGACGCACCAUAGACAGGGCGUCAAGUUCACGCCGUGGAUCCUGAACUUGUCGUCCCGGACGCAUAAGUGCGUGGAUCGGAAUCUGUUCAGGGAACCGAAGCCAGAACAGCGGACAGGUGGUCCUGGUUCCUCGAGAUUGUCGUCCGGGAUCGUCGUCCUCCCCAUCCUGCCUGGUCCGAAGCGGAAAUUCCCUUUCUUCGACGUCAGCGUCAUGACGCUCUCCAAUGUCGAAUAUACGCCGCAUGCAGAAUACUCGGAGCUGAGCUGGCCUUUGCUCCAGCAGCAAGGGUUCACCCGCCAUGUCCUCCACAAUGACCACACCCACGGCGUGACGGACAGGACGGGCCGCGCGAACGAGAGACAAUACCCCGAUGGGGAUGACGGAGGAGUCGUCAGAACGUUAGCAUUGAGGCCGGGACCGCGGUCUCGACGUGACGCAGUCCCAGCCCCAGGACGGAAUGUACUUGGCGGGCCUCGCUUCCGGACGCCGACUCAUGCGCCCUCUGAGCGGUGCGGUCGUCUCGACAAGGAGAACAGCGUGAUUCGCCAUAUUGCUUUACCUGGCGUGGAUCUUUUGUGGUGCGGGUACGAUUCGUUCAUGAACCCAGGGGUGAUUGCCGUGCAUAUGACUGGGGCGGGGAUGGUGGAUCUGCGGGCCUGGAGCUGGGGCGUGCAGACCGGGAUUGUUGGUAGGGGGGCUGGAUAUCGUGGCGAUCCGAGCGGCGGGAUGGUCGUCGGGUGGGUGGCGCGGUAUGCUGGCGCGGGACCACAUGAGGAGCCUGUGCGUGGGGAUGCGGAGGAUCUGUUUCGCAGGAUCGUGCAGGGGGGUUUGGUCGAGGGGGAGGACUUGAUUAGAGAGAUGGGGGUAGAUGAGGGAGGGAGGGCCGCAGUGACCGAGAGAGAAAGUCAGAGGGCGAGAGAGAGGGGGAGGGAAGCGGGAAGACAAAGAUUGAGGUGA